CCGCCGAAACCACAUUGUGUACCAAUCAGCCACAACACAAGCAUCAAAAUGGUCUCCGACUUCAGGAAGAAGAAGCUCCAGCACGUGUUCAACGUCUUCUUCGACGUGGACCGCAGCGGCUCCGUCGACAAGAAGGACUUCGAGGCCGCCGUGGUGAAGGCCGCCGCCGUCCGAGGCUGGAAGGCCGGAGACGCCAGCUACAAGGACGCUGAGGCCGUCCUGAACAAGAUCUGGGCCGGGCUCUCCAGCGCAGACGCCAACAACGACGGGCAGGUGAACUUCGACGAGUGGGUCGCCGUGUGGGAGAAGUCUACAGACGCCGACUGGCAGAACGCCUACGCCAAGUUCAUCUUCGAUCUGGAGGACGCCAGCGCCGACGGUGCCAUCGACGGCGAUGAGUUCUCCACGGUCUACGCGGCCUACGGCCUCAGCGUCGACGAGUCCAAGGCCGCCUUCCAGAAGAUGUCGAAGGGCAAGGCCAACGUGUCCUGGGCCGAGUUCCAGGCGCUCUGGAAGGAGUACUUCACCUCCGAGGAUGUGAACGCGGCUGGAAACUCCAUCUUCGGCAAGUCUUCCUUCUAAGUGGACACGCGACUAGGAUUUCAAAUUGGGACGAGCAGUGACUGGGAAUGACUCGGAAUGUUGUGAUAUUUGUUAUUUAUUUUUGAUGGCUUUUGUUGAUGGAUGGUAAUUUUAAUAAAUUCCUAUGAUUAAUUUA